CUUUUCGGUAUAGUGGACGAAUUUCCCGCUUUUCAUGACAUCAUCAAAUCUAGUGCACAAAAACACUUGUCAACACAGGAAACCAUCGAUGGCGUAAACAACGAAUAUUGCAAAUGCAUGAUGGAAAGUUCGUAUGCGAAUGACAACGAAUCUUUCAAGAAAUUUUUAUUGGAUUUUUGCACAAAUGUAGUUGUAGAGACUGAAGAGAGUGAAGAACUUCCUUUCCGACUUGUGAGCCAACAGUUAACCCCAGAUGAGUUGGAUGCCGAGACCUUGGAAUGGAGCAUUCGUUAUUUAUCCAAACACCACUGUCCGCCCACUUUGACCGCAGCAAUAUCCCGAUCAGUCCUCAACCUUGUACGGAAUAUAGAUGUCAGUGAACUUCAGGAAUCAAAGACAGAAGCAUGUGAAGUGGUGAAGGAUGACGGGUCAGAUAUUAUAGCAGAGGAAAGGGAAAUAGUUUUAGAUGCCAAUAAAGUUUGUAAUGUUGUCAUAGACUGUGUACAUGAUAUUUGUAAAUUGUGGAAAGAUGAAUUGCCAGAGUUAUGUCCCCCUAAACAGUUGUUAUAUGCAUGCACACAUGAAAUCAAGAAUACUCGACGGAAGAUGGAAGAUCGACACGUCUUACUACCGGACCUCAAUACAUUGUUUGAUUUAAAACAUAAUGAAUGCCAGUCUUUCUUUGCCGUGUUUGAUGGCCAUGCUGGUCUUGAGGCUGCUAACUAUGCUGCUGCACAUGUACCUUACCAUUUUGUUCAGAACAGUGCAUUCCCCAAAGAUCCAGCGGGAGCUAUGAAAGCUGCAUUCAAAUCAACCGAUGAGAAAUUUAUUGUCAAAGCAGUUAGAGAGAGGAUAAAGAGUGGAUCUACUGGAGUUUUAGCUUUUAUAGAUGAAAGUAAACUACAUAUAUCCUGGGUCGGUGAUUCUCAAGCUGUUCUUGUGAAGAAUGGACGACCAGUCACAGUUAUGGAUCCACAUAAACCAGAAAGAGAGGAUGAGCGUGUUAGAAUACAAAAUCUUGGUGGUUAUGUUUUAAACAUGGGUGGAGUCUGGCGAGUUAACGGCAUGUUGUCCGUGUCAAGAGCCAUAGGAGAUUUAGCUCAGAAAAAAUUCAUCAGCAGUGAUGCAGACGUGACCACUCUCGAUUUAGACGGGACUGAAGAGUAUCUAAUUUUAGCAUGCGAUGGAUUAUGGGAUGUCGUCAAUUUCGAUAAGGUGGUUGAAAUCGUAUAUGAAUAUGUUCAGUCGGUCAACGGACAGUUGAGUGGGUUAGCGAAACAUCUUGUCUUGACGGCAAAAGAUCUAGGAUCAAGUGAUAAUAUAACUGUAACUGUUGUUUUCUUUAAGCCUGAUAUUAGUCCGCCACAAAUACCUCAAUUGUUUAAUUUCGGCACAUCCCAAUCUCAGGGAGAAGCUGAUUCAAAUGAUAAUGCCAGUCCCAGUUCAGAUAGUAAGCGAAAUCACUCAGAUAAGUCUAAAAGUUUUAACAACCAAUCAGAUAGCACCUCAGGGAAAGCACCACAAGACAGUAACGAGACCUUUGAUAUGGACCAAUCAGAAUUUAUAUCUACUGACUUUUAUGCUGGUUCUCUUCUAAAGAAACCAGUAUUAAUGAGAAAGGAACCAGUAUUUAUCAUCGAUAGUACUAUGGACAAACAAAGGCCACCAUAUGUCCCGUCACCAAUGAAAUUAGAGUCCCAGCAUAGUACGAUAAUGGGAUUUCGACAACAGUUUGAAACUAUUUCUGUAACAGAUUUGAGAGAUCAUAUAGUUGGAUCACCAUUGAAAAAUCCCCAAAAAAUGGAUGUCACCAGUACUGAAGUAGAGGUUUUACAUGUGCCCUCUAAAGUAGAAGUAGAAGUUACACAUUUGCCCUCAAAAGUAAACAAUAAUCAUUAUACCAGGUCAGAAAACCAUGAUCCCAAGGAAAAUGUAUUCGAUUCUGAACAUAGCUCACUACACUCAGGGUAUACUGUGACCUCGAAGCAUUCUGAACCAUAUUUUAACAAAUCUAUCUUUUCUCCAAAGAAAAAUCAUCAUAGCCACAGAAGAAGAAAGAAAGACCAUGAACACCAUGAAUCUUCACAAUUUAGUAAACGUAGCAGACGACAAAGAGAGUUAUCUCCCAUUAUCUGGAAUUUUACUGGAAUCACAAAGCCUACUGUUCACAAUUAUAAAAUGAAUUAUGGGAAAACAUCAACAUUUUCCACUCCAAGAUACUCACUGCAUUCUCAGUUAAGCGAAACACCAAUAACUGUACGCAAAUCUUUACCUGACCUUUCAGGAAUUGAUAAAUACAAGUCACCAAGGUCGUUUCAAGAUUUCCGUCAAACAGAUUCUGGGAAUUAUUCAUUGAGUCAAUUUAUGGACAUAAGCCCUAGUCGAACAGUUGCCCAUGUAUCCAAAUCAGAUACAUCUCUUCAAAAGCUGCCUAAAAUUAAAGUCAAUGGCGCUCAAUCUAAUCCACAUUCCAGCACCAAGUUCACAUCUACCUGGAAACCUAAAAGACACGGGAAAAUGAUCAGCGGAAAUAUGUCUGAAGCGCCACCUACACCUUUAGAUAAUCGUAGACUUCUACAGGACAGACAAAACUAAUUAAAGAAGAACACAACAAAAGCAUGUAAAUUCUUUGAUCAGGAUGCUGUGUUGUAAUUUGAGUACCUUUAUUUUAUUUUACUGAAUUAAUUCUGAAAAAAUUGCUGUGGGACUAUGUUGAAGUUUUUCCACAUUUUAGUGAUAUUUAAUUUUUUACCACUAAAUGUACUGGUCAUCAGAUGGUCAAGUCACAUUAUUAUGGUAUUUACUUUAUUUGGUACAUAAACACAUAUACAUGCAAUUUGAUUUUGAUGUGAUUUGAAAUUUGAAGUAUACUGUAGAUAUUUUUCAGAUAUUGGUGUAUCAAAUUUUUCUGAGUGGGGUCGAAGUGUGCAUCAAACAUGUCAAACUUGAAGUACACCUUUAAAAUUUAUAGUUGAUGUAUGCAAUCUAUUCAUAUGGAAAGGGGGGGGGAAUUCUGUACUUUGCAUGUGAUCCAAUAAUCCAGUAAGAAUUGUAUUAGAUGUUUGAAAGAACUUCAUUUUAUAUCUAUAAACAUUCAGUUAAUUUAUGCAAGUCUUGUUUAGUAGAUGUUAUUAUUUAGUUAUCUUUUUUACCUUUUUUGCUGGUAAAGAUUAAAUCAUUUUUAUCAAAAUGAGAGGAAAAUAGAUUUGAAAAAUGAAAUGAUUUUUUUUUUAUAAUAAAAUAUUUCUGUACCUGUAGUUCACUAUAUAUUGAUAUGAAAUUUCAAAAGCAUUAAAGAAGUGUUCAUAAUUUGAUAGUUUAAUGUAAUGGAAUAUUAAGUUUCAUGUAUAAUUAGUAUUUAUUCUGCAUACCAAAUCAUUGUAAAAUUUCAAUUUUAAUGUCAAAUUACCAAAGAUUUGAAGGUUACUUAUUUUUUCAACAUGUUUAUAUAACAGGGUGGGAAAAACCCCAGUUUUGACAAUACUUUAUAUAAGCAGUAAAUUUGUAUGAGUAUGGCAUGGUUACCAGUUCUAGAGUUUGAGAUAAGAGAUUUUACACUUUCAUUCAGGGAAAAAAAGCCAUUGUGAACCAUGACCCUUGGCAGAAAACUAGUCCCUCAAUAUAAGAUAUGCAUAAUGCUUUUUAACUCUAGAUAUUUCAGUAUUUCUUUAAAUCAGAUAAUUUGUUAAACAAUAGCUAGAAACAGCUUUAUUUCAAUUUAUUAAUAUUUGCAUUUGAAGUGAAAAAUAUUCUUUCAUCCAUAAGUGUUAUUGUAUUAAACUUUCAUCAUGUGCCAUAGAUAUUUGAAGAAUAUUUGUUCAUUUUUGUACUACAAUCAUAAAUGGAUUACUAAAAAAGUUCUUGUAAGAAUUUUAAAUGUGGCAAUUAUAUUCUAUUUAAUGGAAUCAAUGCCCAUUGUAGUCUUAUUUUUGGUGUUUUUCAUGGGUGCCAAAUUUAGCAUCAUAGGAUGAAAAAUGAAAUGCUCUUAUAUUGAUAUUUUAGCAUGUUUAUAAUAUAUUAGUGGCCAGCUAUUUUAAUGACGAUUUCAACAAUGUUGCUCAUGCUGCAGGCCCGUAGCCAGGAAUUUCCAAAGGGGUUCGUUGGACUCACAAAAUCGACUUUAACAGUCACAGUUCGAACAGAACAUUGACUUUAACAGUGCUUAUUUGUUUUCAAGGGGGGAUCAUCCGAACCCCCUGGCUACGGGUAUGUGCUGGUGGGGAAAGGUUCUUUUUUCAACCAUCAACAUCAGAAUCAAUCACAAUUUUUUGUUUACUUCUAAUUAGUACCAAUACAGCCAAUGUACUCAUGAAACCCCAUUUAUAUUUUGGUAUACAGUGUCAUUAGUAUAUUUUCCUUUGAGCUACACAUGGUAAAUGAGCCCAUUUUAUCCUAUAAAUGACUAAGUAUGAUCUAUAAAUACUACAGAUUUUGAUACUGAUCUAUUGUCUUAUAACCAUCAAUCUUUAAGUUGAAGAGUAUGAUGAUCUCUAGAAAUUAAAUUUGGAAACUUUUCUGUUGGGCUGCUGUCUUGAGUAUUUAGUAUCUCAUGGUAACCAUUCACAAGUAGCAGUGUUUCAGUCAAUUAAUUGCCUUUUCAAAUAGAUGGAAUAUUUCCAGUUUUACCUAAACAAAGCAGUUUAAGACAUAUCUCCUUGAUAACGGUACAUGUUUUAGUGUACACUCUACACAUAUAUGUGUACCUAUAAAGUCAAUUUUUUUUUACAGUUCAUGUAGACGUACAAAUUGAACAUUAAGUUGUACAAAUCAAACAAAUCUGAUAUUUGAAGUGGUCGAAGAACCAGACUUUAAUGUAUAGCAUGUAAAGAAUCAUAAUUUUUGUGUAUGUGUUUCAAGAAUCAUAAUUUUUGUGUAUGUGUUUCAAGAAUCAUGAUUUUUGUGUAUAUUAGGUUUCAAUAAUCUUGAUUUUUGUGUUUAGUGGGACUACAGAAUCAUGGUUUUUGUGUAUAGUGUGUACAGAAUCAUGGUUUUUGUGUAUAGUGUGUACAGAAUCAUGGUUUUUGAGUAUAGUGUGUACAGAAUCAUGAUUUUUGUGUAUAGUGUAAAGAACCAUUGAUUUCUAUGUUUAGGCCAGAUAUGUGUUAUUUUUACUGUAAAUGUACAAAUGUAAACAUCUGUCAAUUAUUAUUACUAUUUUUGUGUAUUCAUUAUCAGGUAUAAAUAUUUAUGUGUAAAAAUAUAUGUGACAUAUGUUCAUUUGGUGCAAUUUUUUAUUUUCUCAUAUACAUGCAAUGGUUUUAUAAGUUUGGUUUAUUGUAUGGGAUUUUAGUGUUUUUGUUAGGGAUAAGGUUAUAUUUAUGUUCAGCCUGCAAAUUUCAUGAAUUUCCUAGAUAUUAAACAGGCUCCGAGUGUUUUCCUCAAAGGUUUUUGCAUUUGAGUCGGUCUACAAGCAUUAUUUAAACCCAAUCUUUAAGUUCCCUAUUAGUUCUUUAAUUCAAUCCCCCUUUCUUCAAAUACAAUUCUAGGGCAACGCUGGCACAGCCAGGAUUGCUGUGUUAUAACUCGGGAGGCUUGAAGUACUUGUUCACUUUUAGUUUUAUCUGUGUUAUAUACCAUAUAGUACCUAUACCUGUACUAAGUACACAUGUACUAUGUGAUUAUUUUUGUUAAAAUGGUGUAAGCCCAUUUGUUUUGUUUUUGAGAGAUUUUGAUGAAAAAAGCCUGCUUAUGGGUACAGGAAACUGUAUUUAGUUUGUCAUAAUUGCUUAUUUUAUUGAAAGCAUAUGAUUUCAAUUCAUUAGCUUUGGGAUUUUUUUCCUUUUAACAAAUUUAGAAGAUUUCUAGGAGCCUGUUGAACAUGAUAUAGGCCUAUACAAAAACAUGUCUAUAAUAUAAUCUAGCUUUUUUGGUGUAAAUAUUGUUUAGCCUUUGAUGGCUGGAGAGAGAAUGGGCAAGACAACUGGAGGGCAACCCUGUAUACGCAGGGCGUCCACUUCAGAAAUUUGCCAACCAAACACUUGCCAAGCAUAGGUUCUUCCGUUUUUUGUAUAUUAUUAUUUUUACAUACCAAUGUAUAUUUAAGCAUAUUGUCUCUGUUUAAAUUAUAAGAUAAAAAAAACUUGAUAUUUUUUAUAUUGCAAAUGUUUUGUAAUUAAUGAGCGAAAAAUUUACCAUAGAAACUAUACUGUAAAUUCGGAUAUUAUUGUGUGUAUUUAUUAUUUUUUUUAAGAUUUUUGAAGAAUGGACUAAGAGGGAGAAUAAUUAGUCACAAUAAUAAAAACAUCACAACAGUAAUGAUGGUACAAAAUAAUGCAAAAAAUAUACUUAGUUGAGGUAUUGAUUACCCAAGAUUAACAGUUAUUUUUUUUACCUAUAAUUGUUUUCCGUUUUUUUGUAGCUAGUUUUUUUACUGUCAAGUUCAAGUAUGUCCCUUUGUUGUUUGAGAUUUGUAUCAAUCAUUCAAUAGAAAUAUACAAGUCCCUGUCUAAUACGGUCACUAUAAUUUGUAUUUGAUUUAAAUAUGGUCAACACAUUUUUUUACUGUCCUCAAAUAUUGAUUAUCUAUGUAGCAAAGUAAGAUCAGAAAUUUAAGUAGGUGAGGCAUAAUAACCUUUACUGUAAACAGGGAAAUUUGGGCUGUAAAAGUUGCGUGUAAAACUGCACUGAAUAGCUCACGAGACAUAAAAUGAAAUUAGCAAAACUGUAUUAAAUAAUUACAUUGUACCACCCAGAAAUCACAAAUUUUAAGUGGUGCCACUUUCUUCUUAUAUUUAAGCAUGUUUACAUAAAUAAUCUAAGAAGUGUACAGGUUAGAUAUAUAGCUCUUUAUUGUCAUCAUGUAUUUAAAAAAAAAUAUAGUCCCCUAGUUUGAUACGUUUUAAAUGAAUGAAGACAAUUAUAGUGCUCAGAUUUACUGCUGUGGAUUCAUCAAUAUUUGUUGGGUACCAAUUUUUUUCGUGGCUAAAGGUGAAUAACAAAUUUUCUAAAGGCUUUGUAUGCAAAAAUUGGCAAAUCACGAAAUCAAAUAUCAUAGAAAAUGAAGUUUUUCUUAAUCCACAAAAAGUUGGUACUCACAAAAAUUAAUAAAUCCACAGUUAUCAAAAUACUGGAUUUGGUGUUUCCAGCACAGAGUUUAACGACUGAAUAUCACCUGUGUUGAUGACCGUAUAAGACAGUGACUUGUAUAAGUUAGUAGGUUAUUUUUAUACCUAAGUUAUUGUUAAGAUCACUUUAUGAUCGGUUAUAUUAUUGUUGCAUUUAUUAUACAUAAUACUCCUACAUUAUCCAAGUUUUGUAUCAGGAAUAAACUAUCACAAAUA